AUGUCUGGGAACAGUCGCAGGAUUGAGCCCCUGCCGCCCGAAGUGGUAGCGAAGCUCAAAUCUUCCACAUCCAUCACGCACCUAAAUGGGGUGAUCGUCGAACUAGUGAAGAACGCGCUGGACGCAAAUGCCCACACAGUUUCUGUGAUGGUAGACUUCCAACGUGGGGGAUGUAAGGUGGAUGACAAUGGUGAUGGAAUUCAACCAACGGAGUUCAAGCCAGACGGAGGCUUAGGGAAGGCGCAUCAUACGUCAAAAUACCAUACUGACACUGGCGUAUAUGGCCAGAAGGGGCUGUUUCUAGCCUCGUUGGCUGCACUGUCGCUGCUGACCAUCACUUCGCACCAUGUUCGCCACUCCAACGCAAAUACCAUCAUGCUUCACCAUUCAACUCCAGUCGCACGACUGAUACCAGCUCCAGUCCAACAGGAGCUCGGGCUCGGUAAUCAUGGAACUAGCGUUACGGUCAAUGAUUUGUUUGGGAACAUGCCUGUGCGAGUGAAAAAUCGCGCCUUGGCCUUGCAAAGGCACGAUGAGCUGGAUCGGCAAUGGGAUGAACUACGACAGCUCUUAGUUUCGUUAAUGAUUGCGAACGAUAACUUGACAAAGUUGGUCAUCAUUGAAGCUUCUAAAGAUAAGAGGAUCAUCAUCCGUUCCCGAACUCAGAAUCGCCGAACCGAUGGUGAACUGGACCUCCAGCGCAUAGUAUCAAUCUUUGCGCAGGCAGGGCUAAUUGAAUUUCAGAACGUUCACAGCUGGGAUGCUGUUUCAGCUAACGUGCCCGGUUUCUCUGUUCAUGCUGCUAUAUCCCUUGUGCCACACCCUACAAAGAAAAUACAAUUUAUCUCCUUGGGAAUGGAUCCAGUUUUCCCCAAAAGCAGUGUCAGCUUAUUCUAUGCCGAAGUAAAUCGCUUAUUUUCUCUGUCUGAUUUCGGUACCACGAGUAUCACUCCAUCUAUAUCCGCUCGAGGGACAAGCUCAGCGGAGCAUCCUGACCGUUACGGCAGUUCAAAUAUGAAACCUAUGACCAAGACUGUCAACAAGUGGCCUAUGUUCUAUAUACGCAUAGAUACUAAUGAGUCACACAAAAUCAACAAUGAGGGCCAUGAUUUGCCUGAGUCGGAUAAAUCUGUCCAGCGCAUUAUGGAUGUACUUGCAGCAAUGAUACAAGAAUUCUUGAAACAGCAUAAUUUACGCCCGCGCACUGGGAAAAGGAGACAGAAGACGGAAAAACAGACGGUUGGAGCGCCCACAAGCAGAUCUGAUCGUGCACCAAAUCGUCCAGGUCAAGUGUUUAACAGUGAGGAAGCCCUGUGCGAUCAACUGAAACUUCCGAACUUCCAAAGGUCUGCACCAAAUGUCAGUCAAAGCUUUGGAGAGUGGUCAAGAAUCAAAAGUGCCCAGGAAUUUGACAACGCCCGCUCUGCGAGAUUAAAAGUCAAAUCAACCUCGCCAGAGGAGGCCCAGGGCAUUGAGCGGGGCUCAGCCCAGGGCAACCUGCCAUAUCGGCCAGAAAGAGACAAUGGUAGGGCGCCUGAGGAGUCAGAAGUAUUAUCCACGUACACUGGUUCUAUGGCGCCUGGAAUUGAGAAUGGAUCGGGAAGUGAUAUUGCCAUUUCUUGGACCGAUCCCUAUACUGGAACGAGUCAUCUGGUCAACUCCCGAACAGGCCAGUCAGUGGGUGCUAGAUCACCCAUGGAUGCCGUUCAAAGGCCUAGAUCAACAGGAUCACUCCAGACGAUGCGAGCAUAUGAUAGUAUAACAAGGCCGAGGUCGGCAAUUUUGAGCAGGACACGGAACUUAUGGGUUGAGAAAAUGAUGGACGAAUGGGACAACCCUGUUUUCAGCCGAUCUGAGAAAUCUCUCGAUGUGAUCGGAACGAGAUAUGGCACUAAAGCACGAAUGGUUGGCGAUGUUUCAACGGACGUUUGCGGGUCUGAGAGUUUGGGAUUGCCAAAUGUACGGGGCAAACUGCGAAGACAGGAUCUGAAAACGGCAGAGAUAAUCGCACAGGUUGACCAUAAGUUCAUCCUAGCUAAGAUAAGAUCUACGGCAGCGAGUGAUUAUAGCAAUGGUCCUGAUUCAAUCCUGGUUCUUAUCGAUCAGCAUGCUGCUGAUGAGCGAUGCCGGGUGGAGAGAUUAUUCGAAGAGUACUUCACACCACCAGUAGAAGGCUCUAGGCAGGUACAGACGGUCACAUUGGAACCUAUUAUUUUUGAGAUACCGGUUACCGAGGCAUAUGUUUUUGGAAGAUAUAAACAGUUUUUUGAGUUUUGGGGUGUUGAGUACACCGUUGAACAGGGGCCAGCAGACAAAUCUGCAUACAUUUUUGUGCAUACACUCCCCAUGCUUAUCGCCGAGCGCUGCAGGCUCGAGCCAGAAUUGGUUACAAAUCUAAUUCGGGGGGAGAUUUGGAGACGCGAGGAAAACGGCAGGGGACCUGAGAACAGGGUAUCAGUUUUGGAGCAGGACCGCUGGGCGGAACAACUUGAUAUUUGCCCCCAGGGAAUCAUUGAGCUGUUGAACUCACGGGCCUGUCGGACCGCCAUCAUGUUUAACGAUGAGCUGACGAUUGGGGAAUGUCAAAGCCUUGUCGAAAACCUCGCACGAUGCGUCUUUCCGUUCCAAUGUGCACAUGGACGGCCAUCAAUGAUCCCGUUACUUGACAUGACGGAUACGUUGACAAUGGUUCAUCCAGGAGCUGAGUACACGAGCGGAGAAGAAGAGCAGUCUGACUUUGCUGAAGUGUUCAAAACCUGGAGGGACAAGAUUGCAUCUCCCUUAACCUGA